ACCUUCUCCCCUUGCCCCUAAGAAAUACUUAUAAAAACUGUAAAACUAAAUUAUUUGGCGGCAUAAAAGAGUCAGUCGUAAUAUUUUAAACAGUUUUACACAAAUUAAAAACAUGGGAGAUAAAGGCGAUGCCGAAACCUUCGAUGAUGCUGUUGAAGAGCGUGUUAUUAACGAGGAGUAUAAAAUAUGGAAGAAAAACACCCCAUUUCUUUACGACUUGGUUAUGACUCAUGCACUUGAGUGGCCCUCUUUAACAGCCCAAUGGUUACCCGAUGUCACAAGACCUGAUGGAAAAGAGUACUCAAUUCACCGUCUUAUUCUUGGCACACACACCUCUGAUGAACAGAACCAUCUAUUAAUUGCCAGUGUUCAAUUACCAAAUGAAGAUGCUCAAUUUGAUGCGUCACAUUAUGAUAAUGAAAAAGGAGAAUUUGGUGGCUUUGGGUCUGUUUCAGGCAAAAUAGAAAUCGAGAUUAAAAUAAAUCAUGAAGGUGAAGUGAACAGGGCACGUUACAUGCCUCAAAAUCCUUGUGUGAUUGCUACAAAAACUCCUUCCAGUGAUGUUCUAGUUUUUGACUACACCAAACACCCCAGCAAACCAGAUCCCAGUGGUGAAUGUCACCCUGAUUUAAGACUAAGAGGGCACCAAAAGGAAGGUUAUGGAUUAUCAUGGAACCCAAAUUUGAAUGGUUAUUUAUUGUCAGCCAGCGAUGAUCAUACUAUCUGUCUUUGGGAUAUUAAUGCUACACCAAAAGAAAACAGAAUUAUAGAUGCAAAAACUAUCUUCACAGGUCAUACUGCAGUUGUAGAAGAUGUGGCUUGGCACCUACUACAUGAAAGUUUAUUUGGUUCUGUUGCUGAUGAUCAGAAAUUGAUGAUUUGGGAUACUCGUUGUAACAACACCAGCAAACCCAGUCACACAGUUGAUGCACACACAGCUGAAGUCAACUGUUUAAGCUUUAAUCCGUACUCUGAAUUUAUUCUUGCAACAGGGAGUGCUGAUAAGACUGUAGCUUUGUGGGAUUUGAGGAAUCUGAAGUUAAAAUUACACAGUUUUGAGUCCCACAAAGACGAAAUUUUCCAAGUUCAGUGGUCACCUCAUAAUGAAACCAUCUUGGCCUCUUCUGGCACAGACCGUAGACUGCAUGUUUGGGAUCUCAGUAAAAUUGGAGAAGAACAGAGCCCAGAAGAUGCAGAAGAUGGUCCACCUGAAUUACUCUUUAUACAUGGUGGUCAUACUGCUAAGAUAUCAGACUUCAGUUGGAACCCCAAUGAGCCCUGGGUUAUUUGUUCUGUGUCUGAGGAUAACAUAAUGCAAGUUUGGCAAAUGGCAGAGAAUAUCUAUAACGACGAGGAGCCUGAACAGCAAGCUUCAGACAUUGAGGCAACCACAAAUUAAUUAAUUAAUUAAUUUUGUAUUACUACCAUUGUCAUUAUUAUUUUAUCAUAAUUGUAUUUGUUGGUCGAAUAAGUUGGUUCGUAAUUUGUCUACGCGUUCCUUUAUAAACUUUUUUUGUAUUAAUGUUCCGUUUUAUUUUAUUUUGUAAAUGUACUUUUAAAAAGAGAAACGUGCCGUUUAGCUGUCUUUGAACGAUAUUGUAUGUAUGUAUUUUUUGUCUCUUAUUUUUAAUUGAGGCGCAAUCUUAUUAGUAUAAU